GGGAUGAGACUGUCUGAUGAAGGCCGCUUGUGUUGUGGCUGAAACGUCGUGAGAAUAUUAUUGUUAUUUUAUUUUAUCAAUUUAUUAUUUUAUUCUCAUUCUAGGUGACUUUACCAAAAGAACGAAAGAAGAGAAAUAAACAAAUAGAUUAUUUUUUAAAAAGACGGUCAACUAAGCCCAAAAAUACCUCAAAUGGGAGUUUUCAACAAACUAAGCAGACAAUUCACAUCCCACCCACAUCUCUCCCUCCACAUACAAAUAUAAAAGUACUUUUUACGCAUCCCAUUCGCCACAGUCUUUGAAGAGUGCAUAUUUUCAGCAGCAAUGGUUCAAUACAUACGAACUCUGGACCAAUGGCGACAUUCACCGUCUCAUCAGCAGGGUCAGGCUUGCUUGAGCAAAUGCUGAACUGCCAGAUCUGUUUUUCUUCAAAGAACCUCUGUUUGAUAUUAUGGGCCCUCCUAGUUCGACACGAACUAUUAAAUACACAGCACCACGCCUCCACAAUUAUAUUUCCAAGAUCAGCAAAAACAAAUCGCAUAACUUGCAAGAAGGAAAGCAAUCAAUCUUAAGAGCCAACAUGUGCACGUGUAAUCGACAGGGUCACCAGUCGCCACUCCAUCUAAACUGUUUACAUCACAUUGCGCAUGCAGUCACACUUACGUUGUCGUACCUUAAUUUACUCUUUAGUUGUAGAAUUAAACGGCAGUAAAACAUCUACCGUAUGUCUGCCCACCAGCAGAUGAGUGACGGAGAAGUGUGAGGAGCUUGGAUUAUUUGAAGUGCACAAUAAGAUAAAACGUGUUGGUGUUAACUGGGCGCUGUAUGUGUCGGGAUGCUAGCGAUGUGUUUCCGAUAUUCAUUCAUAAACAUGCAUAUUUGUGUUUUUGCUGGUUGCUAUGUUGAGCAAAACUUUCAAUAAAGUGUAAUUGCAAAGACUGCGAAUGUGUAAUUAUGUGUACGGUAGAGAUUGUGAAAAAUGACAGCUGUUACAACCAGAGUACUCUACAUCUUAUAUGGACGUGGAGGGCACCAUUAGUAUGUACAGUACAACUUCGGUUACCAGUGGCCUGGUUAUCCGGGGUUUUCGUUUAUCCCGGUUGACGGAGCACGAAUCACUCUUCCAAUCUUCCAGCCAUCGCUCAAAUCCAGUUCGUGGGGUUUAUUCCGUUUCCACCGGAUUGGCUUCCCUCGUACGCAGAUGAGAGCCAUCACACUGACCGCUGCGUCUCAUUCUAAAGCCACGGGGGGUUCGGUUCGCCCUGCUGCACUACCGCACGCUGACCUGCAGAGGGCGGCGGCGCGCAGCAGGGCAUGGCGCUGUGCUCGCCGCAUGCCGUCCCGCACGCCUGUGCUUGGCCUGUUGAUGUUCACUGUCGGGAGAGGAAGGGGGGUAAACAGUAGAGGGGGUGUAGAGAAGGAGGGGAGCGCUGUACAGUGCUCCAGAGAGGUGUCGAGGGAUCGGUCGUGGCCGCCGUGCAUGGAUUUCUCAGAGAGCCACGAGGACGCGCUCUGCUCCGCGUCCGUCGCUUCCCGCGCCGGGGACUCGCGGCUCCUCUCGCGGCUGCUGCGCCGAGGCCGCGCCGUGGACGCCGCCGACAACCGCGGCUGGAGGCCGCUGCACCACGCGGCACACGGCGGCCACGACCGCUGCGUGCGGCUCCUGCUGCGGGCAGCUCCUGAAGCGGAUGAUGUGAACGCGGCCACGUUUGAAGGGAAGACGCCGCUGCUCCUGGCGGCAGCUGCCGGUCACCUGGGUAGCGUCGAUCUGCUGCUGCGGGCCGGAGCGGAGCCCAGCCGCGCUUCCAGCGAAGAGGAGACGCCCGUGUUUGCAGCCAUUGGUGGAGGCCACGUUGCUGUGGUGAAGGCUCUGCUGAGGAAUGGGGCCAAGGUGAAUGGGCCUCAGUACUGGACAGGGUGGACAUCUCUCCACCAGGCCACGUGGAAGGGCCAUGUGGAGCUGUUGCAGUUGCUGCUGGAACGUGGGGCACGUGUCGAGGCUCGGGACGACUAUGGCAUCACACCCCUCUUCCUGGCAGCCCAAUAUGGACAGGCUCCCUGUCUCAGGAUUCUCUUGCAGCACAGCCCUGAUGUGAAUGCAAAAUCCAAGGACUGGGCGACUCCACUUUUCAUUGCGGCGCAGGAGGGCCACACCGAGUGCCUGCGGCUGCUGCUGGACAAUGGAGCCCAGCCCGGCCUCCCCUGCAACGAGGACGGCUGGCAGCUGCCCCUCCACGCCGCUGCUCAACGCGGACAUGUCCAGUUGGUGAGCUUGUUGCUGCCGAUGACGGACGGCGGUUGCGGGUGGCAGCCGGGAGCCGUGAGCCCUGUGUAUUCGGCCACGCACGGAGGGAGUGGAGGUUGCCUGCGCUCCUUGCUUGAGGCCGGGUACAGCCCGGACGCACAGCGCUGCCCGCUGCUGGGGCUCGAGUCUCCGCUGCAUCUGGCGAUCUCCAGCGGCUCCUCCCAGCUGGUGGACAUCUUAUUGGAGUUUGGUGCAAGUGUGACAACCUCGCACCUGGAGCUGAGUGUGAGGACAGGGCGGUGCCGUCUUCUCAGCCGCUUGCUGCAGAGUGGCUGUGCCCUACCCUCCACCUGCGAUGCCGCGAGCCGCCUGUUCAGCCGGGAGGUGUGCGCUCGCUCUGGGAAUGGACUCUACCGUCAUUGGCUGCCACAGCUUCUGCUCGCUGGGUUUGACGUUCAACUGCUGCUCCGCUGCCCUGACCGGGUGGUGAUUCUAGACAUGGGCGCCUUGACCUUCUGUUUGGAGUUUACAGAUCACCGCAAUUCGGAUGUGUCGUGCAUUGGAAAUCAUCCACUCCCAGGAGACACUGACAGAGAACUUCAACACAAGUUUGAGCGCCCCGCCGCCCUGCGCCACCUAUGCCGCCUCCGCCUGCGGCUCGCGGUUGGGGAUCGCAGACUUCGAGCGCAGCGCGGCGGUCAGGAUUGGACCUGCCACCUGCCGCUACCGACCAGCCUGCGGGAGUUUUUGCUCUAUCGCGACGUCCUCGCAGCUCAUGGGAUACCUGAUCCAGAUGCCACUUCUGGCGACGAAGAAGAGCGAUCGGACUUUGAUCGGACUACAUGAGACACUUGCAGUAAUAGCUCAGUGUGCAGUGGCCUAUUGGGGUAUUCUGAAAGUAGUGUAACAGUGACGCGCAUGCCACGAUGAAACUUACAAGUUGACUCGCUUGUACAAGGCUUGUGAAGAGGUCUGCACUUGGAUGAACUUGAUGAGGUCGUGUUUUCGAACUAGAAACUCGAUAUGCUUGUCAACAACACUGGCCUGAAAAAAAAGUACGCAAAAAUUAGCACGUGAAGAGUGUCAUUUCACAAAACGUCGCUGAUUUUAUAUGCUUUAAAGGCAUUGUUGAUGAAGAGUGUGGUGUUAUUUGUGCUUGUGCUCAACUGCCAACACAGCAGCAUCACUAAAUAAUUUAAUUACACAACUAGGCUUGCCGCGAUGUAGUGUUUUUGAUUAAUAUUGUUAUAUUGUCAUCGUUCACUCGUUUUAGUUUUCCUUAAACAAAAAUUCUUCUGAAAUAAAACGUAACUAUUUGAUUGAUAACUAUGCAGAACAUAUGCAUGAUAUCAAUACUUUGAAAACA